AAUCUAUAAGAUCAAUCACCUAAAUCCUUCUUCAAAUAUUACACCAAAUAACCAUGUCUGAUAAUCUUUCCAAUUAUGGCACACUUCCAACAUCCACGUCACCAACACCACCACCACCCACCACCCAUUCGGCCAGAAAACCACCUCGUCCCCCUCUACCACCACUCCGACCACCACCUCCACCACCCCCAUCCAAAUCCGAAACCCCCACGCGGCGUCCAUGGCGCGUGUUCUUCGAUUACACCCUCAUUUCCCUUCCUUACAACUACACCGAAGCCAUAACGCGCGUGAGACGCAACCUUAACUACUUUCGCGUAAACUACACUAUGGUAAUCCUCGUUAUCCUCUUCAUCAGCCUUGUUUACCAUCCAAUCUCAAUGAUCGUGUUCUUGGCUGUUUGUAUAGCUUGGUUAUACUAUUUCCAUGAAGAACCAAUCGUAAUUUUGGGUACCCAAUUGGAUGAUCGUCUUGUUUUGGUUGGUUUAGGGUUGGUUACUGUCAUCGCGUUAGCGUUUACUCAUGUGGGUGUUAAUGUUUUGGUUGCUUUGAUUAUUGGGUUUCUUGUUUUGGGCCUACAUGGGGCUUUAAGAGGAACUGAGGAUUUGUUCUUGGAUGAAAAUGAGGCUGCUGAAGGUGGGUUGCUUUCUGUUGUAAGUGAAGAACAAAUCAGGCCUAGUUAUAGAUAGUUUUCAAAUGAUUUGGGAAAUCAGAAAGAAGGGGUUUUGAUAAUUGUUCGUGGAUUACAUUGGGUGAAAUUUAUGAGGGUGUUGAGU